CAGCGGUCGCCACAAUGGCGCUGAUUGUCACUGUCGUAGAGAAAAAAAUCCCAAGGAGAAUCGCGCUGAGUUUUUGAUAUUAAAAUUUUCUACAAUUGUGAUUAGCUGUGGUUGAUCAAAUAUGCUAUUUAGGCGUAGGUACUAGGUAUGUGUAGUGUGGUGUAGUUGAAUGUGAAGUAACGAGACUCGAAGGGGUAGAAAAAAGUGUAUUUAAUGGAGGUGCAGGCGACAAAAGAGGCAGACCUCACGUCAAAUCAUACGGAUGGCUCGAAGAAAAAACGUCCCAGACGACGGAAUAAGUCCAAGAGCAACGAGGCAACCAGUGAGCCACCUCCUCAGACCACCAUGGACAUCAUCAGGAGCUCAGCCACAAUGGAUGAGCUGAGCCAGAAGCUGGAGGAGCGUCUUAACCUAAAACGCAAUGGAAUUUACAAUCAUCGGGAGUCUCUGGGUCAGGAAACGGCUCAGAAUCACACACAGGAGGCGCCAAAGGCACCAAGUGACAGCUGCAGUGAUAGGGUGGUGCAUGAGGAGGUGGCCAGUAGCCCAGUUGUCAACCAUCACGAUCAAGACGACAGCAGAGAGACAGACACCCACGUUCCGGACGUCCCAACUGUCGAUGCACCUUGUUGUGAUACUGAGCCACCUGCGGGGGCUGCGGCUGCCGAAGAACCGGUAGAUAGCACACUGCCCAUCAUUGAGUACGAGGAGUACAAAUCGGAACUCCAAAUGCCAGAUAUCAUGCGUCUGAUACAGAAGGAUCUAUCGGAGCCCUACUCCAUCUACACGUACAGGUAUUUCAUCCACAACUGGCCAAAACUCUGCUUCUUGGCGAUGCACGGAGACAGAUGCGUGGGGGCCAUCGUGUGCAAACUAGGCCUCCAUCGGCAGACCAUCAAAAGGGGCUAUAUUGCGAUGCUGGCCGUCGAUAAGGAUUACAGGAAGAUGAAGAUUGGCACCAGGCUCGUUCAGAAGGCAAUCAUGGCGAUGCUGAACGAUAAGGCGGAUGAGGUGGUGCUUGAGACAGAGAUCACCAAUACGCCAGCCCUUCGUCUGUACGAGAAUCUUGGUUUUGUCCGCGACAAGCGACUUUUUCACUACUAUCUGUCCGGAGUUGAUGCUCUGAGGCUCAAGCUGUGGUUCAGAUGAAACUCUUUCGCCGCACAACGAAAUGGGCCUCAAGUCUAGUCCAGCGCGUUGUUAAAGGUUUCCUUCUCUUUUUUUUUAUUUUCUCUUUAUUUUUCCUUUUAUUCUCCAAUGUUUUUCUAUUCAACAAAAAGAACAAAAUCUUUCAGCUCGCCUUUCUUCACCUUCAUCGCGUUUUCCUUUCUCUUCUGUCGCGACAUUUAACUUUUUUUUUAGCCUUCAUCUACACAAACUCACUGGACAUUAUUUAAAAAAGAAAAGGUAUAGAGUUGAUAUAAAAAUUUGUGUAACUGUGUACAUAGACAAAGAAUCUGAGCUAUUUAAAGAAAACAAAAUUAAUAAUGGAAGAAUGAAAAGAACUUAAAUGAGUAACUUAGAGAAAAUAACUUUGAAAAAAAAUGGAGAUAUAAUUUUUUGUUGUUGUCAAUCAACUGCCAAAGUUUAUUAAAAAGAAAAUCUUCGGCGUAAGAUUUCAUUUUUUUUUUGUUUUUCUGGACAUAUAUGAGAAAAACUUUUCGAAUUGUAAUUUUGUUGACUAUUUUUUUUCUUUUAAUAUUAGGAGGAAAUGUUUAGAUAGACAAAUGAAAAAAAUAAUUCUGUUUAGGGGAAUCAUUUGAGAGAAACCUCCCUUCAAUUAAAAAAAGAAAAUAGAAUUGUAUAAUCCUAAAUGAUGCAAAAAGAGGAGAGAAAGAAAAGAAAGGACGAGAAACGGUUUAAAAAAAAACAUGAAUUUCUACAAGAAAAUGUGUCUGAAAAAAAACUAAUAAUAAAUUAUUAAAAAAAGCGAAUAAGAAAAUUAUUGUGCGUAAUGGAGGAAUAAGAGAGUGUAGAAUCCAAUUAAUUUGUGUAUAAUUAAACAAAAAAAAAUCAAUUGUGGUGUAUACUAAUAAGACAAUUGCAUAUAAAAAAAAAUGUAGGUUUGAGCUUUCAUUUAUUUUUCAUUUUUCCCCCGAAGAAGACGUUCUAAUUAGGACGAUCUAAGAGAGAAAAAAAAAUUCUAAAAGCAACACAAAAAAAUGAACACAACAAGAGAAUGGUCUGUAAAUAUCUCCUAUAUAAUUAUUAUGAAAAAAAAAUAUACAAAAAUACAUGAAAA